AGGAGGAGGAGGAGGAGGAGGAAGAGAGAGAGUGUAUCCACAGGACGUGAGAGCCGGCAGCAGAGGAGGGAGGGGGGUCUUCCAGACUGGAUGGGCCCAGCGAUGCCUUGAUGGAGUAUGGGCCAGGUUUUAGGAUUCUCCCACUGCCAGGAAUAUGGCUCUGUGGCGUCCACACCAGACUCAACGCCUCCAUGCACCGAUGGUGGAAACGAGGAGUCCGAGAUGUGUGACCUGCAAACAGCCAGGGAAUGGUCUGAUGACGACGAUGGGGGAGAUGGGGAUCCAGACGAUGAUGAGGGACUGGCUUCAUCCCCGUCUAUCUGGGGCACGCCACGUCAGAACUCCUUCGAGCUGACUUUCUCUUACAUCGCCAUCGCAGAGCCCGAAGCGGUAGGAGCCUCACGACACCACCGUGACCGACGCAGGAUCGGCUCUCGGGGAAGUCGUACUCCUUUGAUCCGCACGGACACCCUGGAAACACUGUUGGACUCGCCCGAUGUUGACUGGGACCCUCAGGCUUUCCUCAGUCGUGAGGAAGAAGAGGAAGCGUCAGAGAGGAGAGAGCAGGAGAGGUUAGAGGCGAGGACGGUGAAUGCAGCGGUGAGGAGGGAGCAGCACAGACAAACUGAGACUAUUACAAUCCAGCCCUCUCCCCAAAAUCUGGACCCAGACACUGAGGGGACAGACACAGGAAUCCAAAGAGAGGAGACUCUGAGCAGUCUGAAUGUCCAGCCUCCCUCUCCAUCCCCAUCCUCCCAGCAUCAGAGCCCCUCACAAAUUCAGGCAGCAGCAGCCUCACCGACCCCCGAGCCAGAGUCUCCUGUCACCAGGGAAACCAUUUCAGUCAAGCUGCUCACAUCUGUGCGACCCAGAGGCUCAGCAUCCUCCUCGCCUGCUGCCAUUGGUCAAAACUCUCAGGAACAGCUGGUCAGCGAUCACUGGUUUUCAGCACUUAACCUAUCAGAAGACCCGAAAGUAUGCAUCUACAUAGCAGCGAUGGACCUGAUCUACUGGAAGGAGACGGAGCGAACGGGCAUGGUGCUGACAGGGUUAGUGGUCGGCCUGCUGUCCCUGUUCCAGCUCAGCAUCAUCACUGUGGUCUCCACAGUUUGCCUCGCUGUCAUGUGCUUCACCAUCUCAGUACGCAUCUACUAUCAACUCCUCUACGUCCUCAACUGGGGCGAUGGAGAACACCCCUUCAAGGCGUACUUGGACCUGGACAUCAGUUUCAGUGGAGAGGACGCCCAGCUCUAUAUGCAGAAAGCCAUCGUCAUGGUUCUGUCUGCUGUUGACAGUCUGAAGGGACUCAUUUUUGUGAAAAACGUCUUUGAGUCAAUCAAGCUGCUGGUUCUGAUGUACCUUGUGACGUACCUGGGAGACCUGUGCAAUGGCCUUACUCUGCUCAUCAUCAGUGUGAUCGCUCUCUUUUCUCUGCCACUUUUCUAUAGACAACACCAGGAGCAGGUGGACAGCUACAUUGCAAAAAUCCAGGCCCACAUUGACAACAUCAAGGACACCUUUCAAAGACUUGCCCACGGUGGUGGCCCUCCUCCUGACCCAACUCCCGGUGGCGCCAAACCCCAAAAGCAGUAAACACUAAUGGACAGGAACUUAAAGAAAAGCUCCCAGAGUUACAGGCUGUCACUCAGAUGUCUUACCCAGCAGUCUGUCCCAGAGAAACUGGGCUCCAGUGACUGGGGAAGGGAGGUUACUUAAACAGACAACGAUGAGGAACACGCAUGGUACUUUAUACUCUUAACUGUAUGUAAGUUAUUGGGUUAGAGGUUGGGGUUUGGGUUAAAUCAUAAUCAAGAUGUAUGAAUCCUGAAUGAGACUGUUGCUGCUGACGUCGGAAAUGGAAAGAUUCAACGACACAGCUUGUCUUUAAGGUCUCUUGGAAAUAUUCACUGUUUUUUAAUCUAUAAAAAUGACUCUAGAAGUGUCUUAGACGGUCGAGAGCUGUAGUCCAAAUGAGGCACUAAGACCAAGAAUGGGAAAUUCCCACACCGACAGCUAAAAGGGAAGUGAGUUGUUAAGGUGAUAUGAGUGAGGGGACAAAAACAAGGGUCAUCAUUACUCACUGCAGCAUAAAACUGGCAAUUAUGGCUGCAUGUGUCAGCACAUGUACUUGUCUAAAUGCAUAUUCAUUCUCAUGACAGUUUAUCUGUGCGUAUGCAUGUGUGAGUGUGUGUGUGUGUGUGUGUGAGUGUGUGUGUGUGUGUGUGUGAUUCAUAGCAUACAGCUUGCUGAAAUGAAACCUCAAAGCAAUUAAAGUCACAUUUCUUCUUUAUUUUCCAAAA